AUGUUUGCUCCCACAAUCGCGAGACAGCUUGCCGAUGCGUUUCCUAUACUUAAAAAAGAUAUCUUGGAUGCAGCGCGCUUUGCCUCUGCCGCAUUCGGAAUUCAGUUCGAUGAACUCCUAUCCAAGCCGCUUUCAAAACUCAGAAGAACCAAUGGGUACCAGAUAACUCAGGUCAUAGUCAUCGAUGCUUUAGACGAAUGCAAAGACGACAACAUCAAAUCACUACUCCAGCUUCUACCUCGACUCAAUCAAGCCGAGUCAUCGAUCGAUUUUCGAAUUUUCAUCACGAGCAGACCUGAAAAUCCCAUCCACUAUUUGCUCCAAAGGAUUGUGGCAAAAGGCCAAACGAUAGUUUUGGAAGGGAUUGAUCAGUCAACAAUCGAACGUGACAUCACAUUGUUCUUCGAAAGAAAACUUCCGGCGAUAAGAGAUGCGAGGCCAGACGAGUCUCUCAAAGACGACUGGCCAGGACAGAAGAAUGUUGACAUUCUGAUCCAAAUGGCCGUGCCGCUUUUCAUCUCGGCCGCGACUAUCUACCGACAGCUGGAGUACCCUUACUCUCCUGCGGAGCUCAUAUUGGAUGAUAUUCUUGCGAACAGAUACAAGAGUUCAAAGUUGGCCGCAAUCUACCAACCUGUGCUGAACAGAUUUCUGGACCAUCCAGAUCAUUCAAAGGCUAAUCUAAUCGAGGAGGUUCGUCUUAUCGUAGGCGCAAUUGUCCUUCUUGAAGAUCCCCUACCUAUCGACCCACUUGCUAAGCUAAUUGACAUCUCUCAUCAAAUCGUUGACAAAACUGUUCGGUCCAUUUCAUCCGUUUUAAUGGUACCUCAACGUAUAGAUGAGCCCGUCAGAACUUUCCAUAAGUCAUUCCGAGACUUCAUGCUAGACCCCGAAACAGAUAUUGAUUCUACAACAGACAAAAAUCCAUUCAGAGUCGAUGCUCCGGCAAUGCACAGAAAGCUCGCAUCUGAUUGUGUCCGAGUGAUGCAAAGAGCAAAAGGUGGUCUUCGGAAAAACAUCUGCCGUUUAGAGAGUUACGGAACCCCACGUGCACAGAUUGAUCAUGAAAGGAUAAAUUUCCACAUACCAAAAGAAUUACAGUAUGCCUGUCGGCAUUGGGUGGAUCAUCUGCAGCAAUCGGAGACAUCCAUCUCCGAUCGAGACGAGUUUCAUUUGUUCUUAGAAGGGAACUUUCUACCAUGGGUUGAAGCGAUGGUUAUAUUGGGCUACAGUUCAGAGCCUUUCAAAGCUCUCACUACCUUGCGGUCUAUCAUUCGGGUGGACACUGGCUCAGCACUCUCGCAGUUUCUUUAUGACGCAAAAAGAUUUCUCCUGAAAAACAUGGCAACCGCCGAGCGAACACCAUUACAGAUUUAUUCUUCUGGACUCGUAUUCGCCCCUCACAAAUGUACUAUCAGGAAGACUUUCCAGGAACUUAUACCGCAAUGCUUCACCCAGCUACCGCAUGUCGAAUCGAAAUGGGGGCCACACUUGCAAACAUUUGAAGAGAACACAUAUCAUGUAGAUGAUAUAGCUUUUCCCCCUGACGGGUCUUUACUUGCAUCUAGUUCUCACAAAGCUUUGAUGCUUUGGAACACAGAAACCGGCACACUCCAGCAACACCUUGACAAAUCUCACGGGCCGGCAUUUUUAACUACAGAAGAAGGACUUGUAUUUACAAGAGCCUCAGUUGCAUUUUCUCCUGACGGGAAUUUGAUUGCCUCGGUAAUCGAUGAUAGGACUGUACGUAUAUGGAAUGUCACCUCAGGUCUGGUCAUGUUGCAGAGAACCCUUACGGUAGUCGACGAUGGCGUUUACAAAGUGGCGUUCUCGCCCGACAGUGAACACUUAGCUGUGGCUUGCAUCAAUAAGACUGUGCAGAUAUGGUGUCUCGAACCAAUUGGUCUUCAGCUCACUAUCGAGGGGCAUACAGACGCUGUUCAAUGUGUGGUAUUCUCGCCUGAUGGAAAGUUUCUGGCAUCCUCGUCUUCCGAUGGUACCAUCAUACUAUGGGACGCUGGCUCCCAGUCUUUCGAGCUGCAUGCCGUUCUCACUGGAAAUAUUGGUGCCAUAAAGUCAGUGGCGUUUUCACCCGACAGUCACUCCCUAGCCUCGGCAUCCGAAACAGUGAUGAUAUGGGAUGUGAUCUCGGGUAAGCUGAAGAAGACGUUGUCGGUCAGGAGCGGAUACAACAUAAAUUCAAUUACAUUCUCACAUGACGGUGAAUCCAUUUUCUCCACCUCGAAUGGUACAGUCAGGAUUUGGAGCAUCUCUGAGGACAAAGAGGUGUUUGCUCUUCAAGGACCAGGUGGUGAUACCCAAGAAUCUUUCAGCACACUUUCGUUGUCGUUAAACGGCCUACUACUAGCGAGUUCUUCGCGAGCCAAAAUUUGGCUCUGGGAUAUAUCUCCAUUUUUGUGGCCUGAGAACUGCCCAGCCCCCACCGGAAAUGUGAGGUCGCUGCUUUUUUCCCCCGAUAGAAGCUUUGUUGCCUCUACAACAGAUAAGGAUCUCACUCUAUGGGAUUCAUAUACAGGGAAACGCCUAUUCCGCAACAACGGUGGCAUUCUGCAUGAAGAAACAGUUGCCUUUUCCCCUGAUAAUAGGGUGAUUGCAUUCUGUUCAAGUCCUGACUAUACCCUAAAGAUGCGGUCCACGGACUCUGGUCUGCCCAUAAAUGUCAUUAAUGCCACUGGUCACAACGCAAUUUUCAAUGCGAUAGCGUUCUCGGUUGAUGGAAAACUGAUGGCCUCGGUGGGGCUCAAAGUUAUACAGAUAUGGGAUAUGUUAUCUGGGCAGCUAUUGCAAAGCAUGGAAGUUACCGACCACGAGCCGAAGUCUCUAGCCUUCUCCAAUGACAGCAAGAUACUAGCCUCGGGCUACGAAGGCCUAAGGGAUUACGAAAUAUCGGAUAAACAGCAAAAUGCAGACGGAAUACGUACAGAGAUCGAGUCAUCCGAGGAUUUCAAGCAUCGGGAAACGACUUCCUCGGUCUAUCAGGUAAACACCGUCACAAUUUGGGACACCGACACGGGAGCAUUGAUUUCUACCUUGAGAAAUACUGAAAAGGAGUACGAUCGCGUUGAGGCACUGGCGUUCUCCCCAGAUGAUAAGCUACUAGCUUCUUCAUCGUGGAGUGAGGCACGGUGGGGUGGAGAAUGGUUACAGUACAAGCAGCAUAAUAUUCUCUGGCUACCAACCGAGUACCGUGCCUCGCACUCCGUUGUUCGCGACAACCUGGUUGCUCUUGGACACAACUCUGGAGAUGUUUCAUUCAUCCGCUUGAAGGGCAUCCCUGGAGAUGAGCUAGAGGGGCUCUUGGAUUGA